AUGAAAGUUGAUAAAAUACCUUCAUUUGGAGGGUCAAUCGUUUGCUUAGACUGUGGAAAUUUCUAUAUUACAAACGCAACUAUGAAUAAUUCAAUAGCAUAAUCAGGCGGAAUAUUAUAUCUAGAACUUACUGAGCAAAGAAAGGAAAAAUACACAUCAUAAAAUGAGUAUACAGUGAAGAUUAUUUAGUCAAUGUUUGCAAAUUCAAAAUCUUUAUCAGUUGGUGGAGCUAUUCAUCUCAAUAAUUAGUUUAGAGUUCUGUUUUAAUCUAAUACUUUAAAUUAUAACUAUGCAAUUACAUAUGGUGGUGGACUUUAUAUGGAAUGUGUUUCUCCUUUUGAUUGUAAAUAUAGUAUGUAGGGUACUAAUAAGUUCAAGAACAAUUAUGCUAAUAGCUCAGGAGGUGCAAUAUACUGGGGAGAUGUUUAGCCUAUUUUACUUCCUGGCUCUAAUUACUAAUUUGAAUCAAAUAAAGCAUUGAUUUAUGCAGAUAACAUUGGAAGUUAUCCAUAAAAACUAGUAUCAUUAACAAAAGAAUAAUAUUAGGCAUAAUUACUAAGGGCUAAUGCAAAUUCAGCAGUUGCUAAUAACAGAAGAUUAAGAGAUCUAUAAGUUUUAAAUAGUUCAACAUCUUCUUCAUAAGACUAAUAAAGAAGUGGAAAUACUUUGCCUACUAUGUAUAUUGGACUUGCUGAUGCUAUGGGAUAAAUAGUUGGAACUGAAAGUAGUAAAAAGCUGGAUGUUUCUUUGAAAAGUACUUUAAGUAAUGGGGCCAAUACAAUGAAGUAUUAAGCAACAAUAGCUGGCACUACAACAUUCUAUUCAUUGAAUGGAGUUUAUGUCAUAAAGGAUAUCAUUUUUACUGGUGCUCCAGGGGAGAAAUAUCAACUAUCAAUUGUUUCAGAUGGAAUCGAUCCAGAUAAGCCUGCAAACAAAGAAUUACUAUUACAGUAAUCCUAAAAUUCAACAAUUAUUGACUUUGAUCUUAAUAUAAGUUUAAGAGAAUGCUAGGUUGGAGAAAAAUUUACAGAUGCAGGAGCUUGUGAUCCAUGCCCAGCUGAAAAAUCUUACUCAUUAGUGAAAAUGCUAGAACCAGGAUAAUGUGUUACUUGUCCAACAAGUAAAGCUGUUUGUAGUGGAGGAUCAAAUAUUGGUCCUUAACCAGGUUAUUGGAGGAAAAAUAAUGUUACAUCAACUUUCAUUAAAUGCUUUAAUUAUGGAGCUUGUUUAGGGAUGGUUCCACCAUAAAAUGAUCCAUAAGGCUAAUGCUAUACAGGCUAUGCUGGCAUCUUAUGUACAGAUUGCAAUCCAGGCUAUUCUUUAACCGGUUCAUUUUAAUGUGCAAAAUGCCCAGAAUAUGCUUAAAAUGUCUUAAGAAUAUUAGCCAUUCUAAUUGUUGGAGUAGUAGUAAUUGCAUUUAUGAUUCGCUCAACUCUUCAAGGUGCAGCAGACGUUAAGAACAUCACAAGUGUUUUCCAAAAAAUAUUGCUAAACCAUAUCUAGUUGAUUGUGCUUACUGCUUCAUUUAAUUUUAGUUGGCCUUAGAUAGUAGUGAACUACUUCAAGACAAGUGAAACUGUAGGUGAGGCUUCUAAUCAAAUAUUUUCGAUCGAUUGCUUUUUAAAUGAAGACAAGGGAUUUGGUUUAAAUGAUGAAUCUCAGAAAAAUGGUUAGAGAGUAUAAUAAUUUGGAAUCAGGAUAUUUUACAUCAAACUUGCAAUGUUUGGAAUACUUCCCUUCCUCUUAAUGCUCAUUUCUUCUUUAUUCUGGUUUAUACUAUACCACAAACCAAGCGACAAGCAUAUUCGAAAAACAAAGUCUAUAUCAUCAAUAGUAUUAUUGCUCUUUUUAGUUCAUCCUAAUAUCGUGAAAUCAGUUUUCAAUUCAUUCAAUUGCAUUGAUAUUGACGGAGACUCUAGACUAAAAAAUGAUUUGGAAAUCUUAUGCUAUUCUGGUUAACAUAAUAUCUGGUCUUUUGGUGUUGGAUUUCCAACAAGGAGUAAUUACACAGUUUUUAUGUCCAUAAACAUAACAAAGCAGCCUUUCCAAACUAAGUCUCUGAAUGAACUUGAAACUCUAUCUCUAAUAACUUCACUAUUAAGUAUCUUUUGUGGGGUAUUUUUCAUAGUAUCAGUGGAUUCAACUGAUAUCUAGAGUGGUCAAUAAACUUCGGACUCUUAAGAAAUUCACACAAUGCUUGUGAAAAAGUUUCCUAAAAUCUACAUAUUUCUCUUUCUAUGCAACAAUAAGCACAAGUAUGAAUUGGAAUUAGAGGCAGCAAAUAUUAAAGAAGAAAAUGAGAUUCUGAGAGAAAAAUAUCAAGAUUAAAUGAGACAACUCUCUGAAAUGUGUGAUACGGGAGAGAUACUACUAAACAAUAGAAAUCUAGAGAAAUUACUCAGCCAUUUCAACAAAGACACUCUAUUGAAAAUAAUAAGGAAAACCAAAAAUCCUAUUAUAGAGUAAAAUGACUCCAAAUAAAAAAAGAGGGUAUAGAGAACAAAUAAGUCCUAAAUUGAAGAUUCUAAAAUUUUGACUCAUUCAGUUAAAGAAGUUGGGUUAAGAAAAUAGCAUAAGCACAAAAGUGAUUAUGAGAAAUUGCAAAUUUUAUCUAAAGAAUUUGCUGAGAAGCAAACAGACUUCUAAAGUAUAUCAUAAAAAAAUGCAAACGAUUAAAAGAAAAUAAAAGCUUCUUUCAAUUCUCAAAUAAGAACCUUAACCAAUGUAGAUACUGAUAAAUCAAUAGUCUUAUUUAAUUAAAACAGCAGUUCUAGGUUUAAUACAGACAGUUAGAGAGAAGAUAUUAUAGUUACUGAGUCAGGAUUAAUAGAAGAAAGUGAUUUAGAUACCAAAAAUGAUUUUGAAAACUAAUCAAAUGAUUAGAGUCAAUAAAAACAGCACAAGGAAGAUAGAUUUUAUUCAUAGUUAGAAAAUUAAAUUGCAGGAAUUGAGCAUUAGUUUAUUCCAGUCAAAACAAAGAAAAUUAAAAAGAAAACACGAAGUUAGAUUCAGAUAGACAAUAGAAGCUAAAUUGAUCAGUUUAUUUAAGAAAAAAAGGUAAAUCUUGAAAAUGAAGAUAAUCUAUAAGUAUAUAAAAAGCAAAAGCAGCGAGGUCCACAGAAAAAGAAAUUUCAAUUUUUAGCAGAAUCUCCAAGAGAAGGUAAUUUGUAUUAGAAAUUAAGAGAAGAGCAAUUGAAAUCUCUUGACAAGUAAAUCAAAUUGAAAGAUGAGUCUAUUCUAGCAGAAGAAAUAGAAGAGAUUUCUUUGAAUGAAUAAAACAAUGAAGAUAAUUCAGGAAGUUCAUAAGACUAGUAUCCAUACGAAUUAGAUGACUAGAAAAGCAUUUAAUACGUUAAACGCUCUUGGGGUGAAAUAUAACUUGGAAACUUUACCAAUUUAAAUGAUAAACAGCAAUAAAUACGCAGAAAUAUGAAGAGUCAAACAAACUUUAAUUUCUAAUGA